AUGGAUAAUCCGAGAACGCGAAAAGGACGUGACGGGGUUGCUCUACUCAUCGGGGUCGGGGCGUCGGGACUGUUGAAUAAUCAAAAAGAAUCGGUGGGUCGCCUGCGCCCAAAGUUUACGGCUUUGAGAUUUGCUAGAGUUGGAGAUAAUGGGCUCUCAUGCUCCACCGUCCGAACGUCAUCAUCAACUCAUCAUCAAGACCGAGCGCGCCGCAACGAGGAAUAUAAUUUAUAUAAAUCGAACCAUCGACCUCAGCUUACUCCAUUAUUCUCUAUCUCCAGUGCUCCGAAAUACCGUCAUCAGCAGCGUACAGCGUACGGCCCUCGCAACAUGUCUUCUUUCACUCAGCCGAUGCCAGUAGUUGCCUGCGGCAGAAUACCCGCGAUGGGGAAAUCAAUCUCCCAUCACCUGCUGCCUGAAUAUGAAGUCAUCCACUUCAUCCUAUCAUAUGAGGCUGCAGAGGCUGAGCUCCCGCAUCUGCUUGUCGGUCGCGAUCCUCAGUCUCGGAGCCCCAAUGAGAUCGGAACCCACGAUUACAGCAGGCCUCCUCGCGCAGUAAUCUUCGGUCGCGGCUAUGAGCCUCAGCAGGUUGAAGAGCUUAAGGAGAAAUUCGUGGGUGUUGCUAAAGAACCUGUUGGGAACCCAGCGGAUUUGCCUACCGGGGCCGCUGGGCCUGACUAUGCUCAGAAAAUCGCGGCGGAUAUGAAGAAGGUGCUUAGUAAAUGGAGGGACGAGGGAGGAAAGGAUGAGGAAAUUUUGGUUUCGAAUCUCACAAACACAAAAUUUAAGGGACGAAAUCAAGGAUAUUUGUAA